UCAUCAGCGUACUGAGUUUGUGCCAGCGCAGCCAAGUUCAAGCACGCGCUAAUAUUCUAAUGUGUUGUUCGCAAUUUUAAGAGAAGUAGAUCUAGAAAAUGGACGAACAGGGGCUUUUAAGUUACGUUAAGAAAGUUAUACACUCAUUAAUUGUGUCGACGCCGGACCGUGUAACAGUGGAAAGGCUGAAGCGGGACUAUGCCAACGAAGAGGGAACUGCCGUGCCAUUCAGAAGGCUUGGCUUCAAAGACAUUGAGAGCUUUUUACACACCAUACCAGACACGGUUGUGUUAGUAGGACACGGACCGAUGGCGCAAGUAUGCGCGAGGCGGCACGCCAAGACCGCACACAUCCAAAAUCUGGUGCAGUGCCAAAGGAGACCAAGCAACAGGUCAAGGAGCCGCAAACCUGCCAAGCCCAAUUACUGCUAUCCCUCGCAAAGAUCCGAUCUGGUGUUUGUGAAUGAGCAGCCAAAUUCGAACAACAAACGAAUUAAUAAUAAUAAUAACAGCAACAACAACUAUAGUAGUCAAAGCGGCGGCAAUCGGCAACCUCGUUCUUCCGCACGUUCCAAUUCCUCUUAUAACUACGUCGAUUCCCAAGCUCAAGAUCGAGCACCUGUUGUCGCCCAAAAGAAUUUGGCAAGGGAGACAAACCGAAUGAUUAAUUCUUUUAAAAACGUAACUAUUGCCAACGUUGAUGAGGACUCUUCGAGUGAAGAGAACCAUUUGGAAAUUUAUGUUGAGCAAGGCGAAAUAGAAGUCAACUCAAAUAAGGAUAAACAAGCUGUGGCCGACAGCAAUCGAAAGCAAAAGCCGAAGGAUUGCCACAAGGAAUAUCUAUCAUCAUCUGAUGAGGGCUGCGAUGAGGAUGCGAUUCCAGCGUAUGCUGUGGAUGAACGAGUAUUGAACUACAAAUACACGAAUGAUGCACCUUGCGUCAAUCUAGUGAAGAUCGAACCGAAUGUGACAGCCAACAGUCGGCCAAGUUGGGAAGAGCCAUAUAUUGACUACAUCUCCUCGGAUGAUGGCAGUGAAACGGAUGCCAUUCCCGUUUUUGCUGUGGACGAGCGUGUCAUGAGUGUCGAAUAUCCCAAGGGAGCAGUUCGAUUUGAUCACCGCUUGCCCAAACGAGCUGUUCAUAAGAAAUUCAAAUUGGACAAUCGCAUCGAAGUGCAGCUUGUGACGGUGGCAAGUCCGCAUAACUUUAAUUUUUGGCUACACGACGAGGAAUACGAAGCUUACAAAAACAUGUCGGUGAACAUGCAGCGAUAUUACUCCAAUGUAAAUGAGAUAAAGUACACAAUACCAUUAUACCUAAUAAUGAUUGGCCAUUUGGGUGCUCUGCACUUUAGGGGCACACUUUGGCAGCGCGUCGAAGUUCUAAAUAUUAAGACGGGUAAUAGAAAGAAUAUUGAGGUGGAACUGGUUGAUACAGGCGAAAGAUUGUGGAUCUGCCACAGUGAUCUUAAGUAUUUGUGCAAAGAGUUUGCCAACCUGCCGCCUCAAUACUGGCCCGGCAGACUGGCCUGUGUGACACCCAGGCAGGGCCCAAGCUUUUCGGUGGAGGCCAGCAACUACUUCUUCGAUAUUGUGUCCUUUCGUAGACUCUAUGCGAAAAUUGAGAAAAUCAACGAUGCUGACGAUACAAUCACCUUGAUUCUUGUUGAUCCAAAUGCCGCAGCGCACACAAAGAACAUUAACGUGGCACUCAUCGAGUCGGGUUGGGUGCGCCGCUGCUACAAGCCUUAGCGAACGUAUAUUAUAUAGAUUGUCAUGAAGUCUUAUCAAUUUUAGUUUUUUAAUUAGUUAAGUCACAAAUGAAUUGACUGUGAAACUGUUAUUAAUUAUGAUUUUGUUAUACUAGUAUAUAGAAUAUAUUCGUAAAUGAAACAACUCGCGUAGUGUUAUGUUAAGGCAAACGCUGUCCUUCUGCUUUUCAUUUAUUUAGUUUACGUAUAAUAAAAUACUAAGUUACAUAAAUCUUCGAAACAA